AUGGAAUACAUUGGCGCGACAGGGAUCCCAAUAAACAUGGAUGACGUGCCGAUACGUGACGGUCUCGACUUCUACUUCAUAUACGGCUUCGCCAUCGAUGCCGACACCGAAGGAAACUACAACGACGGCGUGUUCCUUCCCUAUUGGACGUCCACUCUGACCCCACAAGCCCUCCAGGGCGUCCAAGAGCGCCACCCCAAAGUGAAGGCCAUGGCCAGUCUGGCCGGGUGGAGCGUCUACACAAACCAAGGCAAAGAUAAAGUCAUUGCUUGGUAUAAUCCUAAGGACCCCAAUAAAUGGGUCGACAAUGCCUUCAAUUCCUUGUCUCAACUCAUCAAAGAUAAUCACCUUGAUGGCAUCGACAUCGACUAUGAGAAUUUCCCCGUUGGAAAAAACAACACUUUUGCUUACUGCAUUGGGGAACUCAUAAAGCGCCUCAAGAAUUCAGGUGUCAUAAACACCGCUACCAUUGCACCUUAUUAUAAAACAGUGGGUCCCUACAUUGAGCUUUUUCAGAAAUAUGGGUCGUUUAUUGACUACGUUAACCAUCAGUUUUAUACUGACAAAGUGAUCGCCCCUGUCAAAUUUGUUAAUGAUUUUGUCAUGAGGGCUUCCCAGUUUGAUCCUGCUAAGUUGCUCCCCAGUUAUGAAGUUGAUGGCAGAGGAAUCCAAGGUGAAGGCUUUUUCACUGCACUGGGUCUCAUUCAGAAGAAUUUUACUGUCAAUGGUAUCAUGAUAUUCAGCGCUGAUGCUUCUGCCAAGCCUGGUAAUAAUAAUUCUUAUUACUAUGAGAGUCGUUCUCAGGAUUUCUUGCUGGGAAUCAACAGCUCUAUGAUAGUUUAG